GCGCGUCAAAAGAUCAGAUAAGACUACUGUCAACUGUGUUUCAAACUUACGAAGAUACACUAACCUCGCGUUCUUACAUUAGGUUUUUAAAAGCUCAACCAUUGCCUAAGUUUAGCAUGCUAAGCUAACGUUACAUAGUUCACCUUGCGUUGACGUUAGUGCGCAGGGCAAGGAUACAGAUUCCCAGAACCAGCGCUCCGAUAGCCAGUCCCGUCACAACGUUUCGUGUCCGCAGCUGCUGCGUUUUCUUCUUCCACUGUUCGAGCUCUACCUGUCGGAUGAAGUGCAGCUGCUCUGGAGAAAGACUUUCCUUCGUCGGGUCUAUCCUGGUUGCAAAACGGGCAUUGGACUCUUUCGGCGUCUUGUCAGCCAUGUCUGCAGCAGUCAGGGAGAAGGUUGCGUCGCGGAAAAUAAACGCAACGCUGAUCUACAAGACGGAAGGCGCGGAAAGGCAACGCUCGUAGCCUAUCAGUUUGCCAUGAGAUCUGCGGUAAAACUGCGAGCGGUACACUCAAAUGAACCCCGUAGUGAUGGGCACGGCAGUUCUUUUAGAUGUACUGAAUCACUAGAAUCAGCUCACUAAAAAGAUUCGUUCAAAAGAUUCGUUCACCAACUCACCGAAUCAUGUAGCGCUUGGCGGGAGAAGCCUGCGACUCCAACCUCCUGAUCUGAUACACAGCUGAAACACAGGACUCAAGAUUCAGCUUCUGGGACCCAGAGACAAGAAUGUUUGGCUGUGUUGCUCUGGCAAACAGGUUUGUAAAAAUGAACUUGUUUUUAAGUCAUGAUUUUUUAAGUGUACUGCCCAAUAGUAUUCUAUUUAUCAGGUCUGCUCUGUAAUUUGGGCUCAGUGAGUGAUUCCCUCACUGAAUGUUGAGAAGUAUGCACCCCUCGCAAACCACUGCAAUGAUAGGAUGCUUUAGGAGGUUUAAUGCACUACUUAUUACAUGCUGUGUCCUAUUGUAUGCAAGUUGUUGUGGUGGCAAUUUAGCAGUAAAAAAAAGAUAGAUUUGUCCAACAAAAAUGAUUCCAGAGAGUGUAGUUCAAGUGAUUCAGGUGUCAGUUCAUGCGGUCCCUCGUUCGCCAGCUGCUCAGCUGGCAAUGCUGUUUCUGACUUUAGCUCAUCCGAAGUGAGAAACGAACGAAUCACUGGAUGAAAUAAUUCGGUUUAGUAUGGUCACUUAAAAGAUUCUGUUUUUUUGAACGAAUCGUACGAACGACACAUCACUAGACCCCGGCCUGCUGCAUUUAGCUCUCCGAAUGAGACUGGUCAAACCGAAGAAACAGCCCCAUCUGCCGGAUAAAACUGCUAAAAUACAGUUUCCACAUUAUUUUGGUCAAAAGUACACAAACAUACACUGUGUAAAUGAUAAACAGUUUAUGUAUACAUCCCACCAAAUAACAAAUGUUACAACAUUUGACAGCUGAGCCGUUUGUCAGUUGGUGGGACAGUUAGUCGACAUGGCGAAGAGAUUCUUGUCUCCACGAAGCUACAAACCAAGUUACAAGUUUCGAGAAGCUUCUUUUGACCUACUCACGGAUUUUCUUAUUGAUUUUAAUAAAAGAAACGAAGAAAACCUAAGCAGUUUGUCGAACUGUAGCGGGAGUUUUAAAGAAAAAAGACUACUGGGUAAGUAAAACCGAUGAAUUUACCUCCGAGAGCUAGCUUAAAGCUGUUAGCCAGUUGAAUUUAAAUCUUAUCGUCAGUCUGCAAACAAAUAUCAAUUUAUAUUCUGUAAUAGUGGCGGUAUUAUCUAUUUUACUACUUUGUUAACAUGGGACAGUUUAAUUUCAACUUUGUAAAGAUUGUUUUUACAUUUUAUACCAUUAUUUUGAAAUUUUUGACCGUUAUAUGAUGUAACUCGACGACGUUCAUCUAACUGUUGUCUGCAACUUCAAAACGUCCUUAUUUUAUCGUAGAAAAUCCAGGUACGUAUCCCACUGUUUGUUUGUUUUUUUACCUCAAGUGUAAUUCAUGGAUGUUCAAUUUUCUUAUUUUUCAUAUUUAACAAAUCAACAUUAAGUUAUAGUGUUGGGUGCCAAUACUAAUUGUGGGUAAAAUUUCUAAUUGUGAAGCAAAUGGGAGUUGGAAGUAAUCUCAGGAUGAGAUUACUGAGAAUCACAUGAGAUUUGCUCACUUUGUGAUGUCACCAAUUGGUAAAACAAUAAACAUAACCAAACUGAAAUAUCCUGCUUUUUGGUCCCUUUCCAAACUUACCUUGUUCGAUUUUAGGGUCAAGAACAUAAGGCCAUCUUUCAUAGUUGAUCAUUAUAAAUUGAAAAACACAACUCUGUGUCAUGACAACAGUGGAGGAGGCCUUGAGAAAGCUGGGGAGGGGGUCAAAAGAUAGUUUGUCAGAUAGAGGCUAAAUAAGGGUUUUAGAGGCAAUCCAAGAUAAGUAAAGAAUCAUUUUAGCUGUAGAUAAUGUAGAGCCACCGCAAAGACACCAGGGAGACAAUAUAAAGCAUAAAACCCCUUCUUUGAAAAGUAGCCAUUGUGUUUAUGACUACCCUAUGCAAAGCAAAUUCUGUAACGUCAUGCGUACUUCUCAUUUACUCAGCACAAUUUGAAAUGAUUGAACCAUCAAGUGUGGUUUGACUAUACAGCACAAUACAUCUCUGUCUGGGCCACUGAAGCUCUCUGUAUGCUAUUAUAACUCUGAAGUCUUUCAUACACCUGGAAUUGUGAGCCCUGUCAUUAUAGAGACAGGCUCUCAACACAAACUGCUGGAGGUUGAGUCUCCCAGCUGUCGGCACUUCAGACAACAAGCCCUGCCAGUGAGACGGAGCAGAUGGGAAGCAGUGUUAUUAACUUGUAAUGAACAUCCCUGCGUUUCCUUGUGCUUGACAAAACGGCUCAAGUUUAAAUAAAUCGACAGAGGGACUUCUGUUAGUAGUUUUGGCAUACUUUGGUGAGAGUGCUGGAUUACUUAAGUAACCUGCAAUUCUCUUAGAACUAAUAAACCACUCACAGUUUUUACAGCACUGGUUUGUGGGUGGUGUUAAGAACCCAGCGUGGUAAGAAGAAGUUGUUAAUAUUUCACUUAAAUUGUUUUGAGCUGACAUUUUAUUCGAAUCUAAGUAAAACCAACAGAAAGUCAUUGUUUAGUUAAGAAGUAUUCUGACUCAUGUGGUUUCAGAACUUUUUAAAAUCAUAUCUUUACUGGAACAUUUGGUCCUUGUUGGUAUUUUACCACAGAAUCUGGAGGAUGAUUGGUUCCAUGUUAGAUGAUUAAAAACUAUACACAGUUUUAUAUAAGAAUCACUAAGUGUAGCUCAUAAAUGGCAGAGAAUAACUAGUAACUAGUAAUACCUGGAGGUUAAUGACUCACAGGACCGUAUUUCACAGAACAGCGUGAUAUCACUUUAUUGCACACACCACACACGUUUAUUGCUUUAUGAUAAUGGCAUAGAGGUUGCUUUUAGCGCACGCUUCUUUGAAGUCUUCGUCAACUUCCCCUUUACAUACUGAGCAGAUGCAUCUACUCUCUUCUGUUUUAUUGUCUACUUUAAAUAUCCCACAUCUCUCUGUGGUGUUAGUAUACAUCUUCCUGAUAACUAAAGAACUGAGAGUUGAUCCCCUGGCUGGAUACCACGCUAUUGAAUUACUUCAAAGGUAAGAAGGAGAAGCACUUUUGACUUUCUCUGCUACACCCAGUAUGAUAUUGAUUUAGCCUUGCCUUUCUUUAAGUAAUUACCCAACCCCCCACCUCCUCUCACCUUAGGUUCAUGGUUAAGCACCUCACGGAUUUGUUCACCACACCCACACCUCAAGGUGCAGCUUCUGAUCCACCAAGAAGUUAUGAGGUUGCUGUGUUUGACAAGCUCAAGGAGAAAUUCCCUCUCAUCAUCUUCUCUUGUGUGCAACUAGCAAGCAAAAUGUCUUUGCACAGUCAUGUAAGUUCUACAAAUCCCACAGCCAAUACCCCUCUGAAGUGAAAACCAAAUACUAAUACUAAUUUCUUCAACAUUUCCUAGAUGAUCGACAACAAUACUGCUGUGCAGUUUCUGCACACAAUGGGACUGAGUGUUUCCAAGCAGGAAGUCAUUAAUUCAGAGCUGAUGGUUUUGAAAGGGCUAGAAUUCAGACUACAUGCUCUAAACCCACUUUCAUACGUGGAAAUCCUUCUGGAGGUUCUCGGUAAGCACUUAUGUUCUGUGUAAUUAGUUCUAAAGUUUGUCCACAGCUCCAUAAGGAUUGCUGGAGGAGGCGGGAUUUAUGACCUAUACUGCAGCCCGUCAACAGAGGGUGCUGUUUUUCGCGGUGGCUUCACCCAGCGAGGAGGCAGACACUGUCCAUUCUAUAUACAGUCUAUGAGUACGACCAUGAGAACUUUAAUUUAGUGCGAUGCCAGUGGGACUAAUUCGUUUACGUUUUCAGAAGUCAAGUUUCAGUCGGGCUGAUACCAUAAAUCAAUUACAACAUGUAAACAAACUGAGUGUUUCUGUAAAGAUUCUUCUGUCUUGCACUGAAUCAGCUGCACUGACUUUAUGAAACUAAACUCCUUCAGGUCACAAUGAGCCAUCCAUCCCCGUGGAUCACCUGCCUCACCUGUGCCACAACGUUCUCCAGUUUGUCACCCUACAAAGGACUGCCAUCUAUGACUCCUUGCUGGUGACUACCAUGCAGUGUGGGAGCCCAUCCACAGAACAGAGGUAUUAUGUUGCUGAUUAGGGGAUAGUUUCCAGCUUUUAGGGAGCAGGUGGUGGACCUUAUGGCUGUAUGGAUGAGCUUAUGGUUGACUAGACCAGCUGGGUUUAUGUUGUUGUUGUGGAUUCUCAUGUUUCUAAUGCCUGCUUUACCUAAAACAAAGCAACACACUGUUAAUGCAACAUCAAUAUAGAUUAGAAAAACAGUUUUCUAUUUACAUUCAUGUAUUUUCUAAGAAGUUCUGUCUUCCGUUAGCUUUCGUGGUUUAUGAGAACUUAAAUAGAAAUAUUUGGGUGAAUUUUUCUUGUUUCUGCUUUGGUUACCAGGUACUAACCCUCAUAGAUUAAAAUCAAGUGCUGGGUGACUGGUGAAGAGUUAUUAAAGCUUUUAAGCUCCCCACUAUGGCUUAAAAAACACUUUUAGGGCAAUGAGAGUCCAGAUUGAGCUGCAAAACAAGAACGACAAAGAAAAGAGGCUUCAUGGGGCGGUAGAGUUGUGGAAAUGUCCUCUUUUUCACGCUUCAUAUAGUCAUAGGAUUCAUUGUUGAUGUCUGCGAAUGGUUAUUAUUAGUACUGCUGUUAUAUUAGAUGAAUCUUUCCUAACAGAGAGAAGUUUUUGUUAGUGACCGAAGACUGCAUGCUCCUUGGUGUUGGCGUGAUCGCUGUCGCUGCAUUCAUCCUCUUGGUCAGAAAAUGGGAACAGGUGACAAGACUUCCAGUAAUUCGCACGAAGCCAUCAGCCUUAUCCUCAAAUAUUUGUGUUCUUCUCAAUCUAACUUCUGUGGUGACAUAGGCUCUUUUAAAUGUGUUGCAGGUGGUGGCAGAACUGAGUCACAUCACAGGGAUCGCACAGAAGAGCAUCAGUGAUUUUACUCGCGUGACAGUGAUGCACAUUGUUCAAUCCGGAUCUUCUGCACCUUCUACUUGA